AUGGCGGCGUCGCUGAUGGGGCAAGCGCCUCAUGAUGCGGCGCCAGAGAGGUCAACGUUCGAGCUCCAGGCCGACCGUUGCGAGCCUCCUCCCGCCCGCGACGUCACUCCCAAGCUCGAAGCAUCCGAUACCGCGACGGUUGAUCAAUUCAAAGCGGUUUCCAAGACUGCUUUUCUGGCUUUAUCCGGUAUGGCAUAUGAUGAUUAUAAGAAACAGACCGAGCGUGAAAAGCAAACUGCCGCAAGUGCCCUCCUAGCACAACUAUUAGCAGGCAAACCGUCGGAGGAAUCUCCUGAAGGAGAACAGGGGUCCAGAGAGAAUCAACAAUCUGUUGAUAUGCAACUUGACGCAAGAGUGCCUGAGGCUUCGAAUUCGUCGCCUGGUCCAUCGUUACAAUCGCAGCAGCACCUCGAAAGCUCGGCCCUCGACCCAGCCGCAUUGCCCACCAGUACCGCCCCUAGCACGCCCUGGGAUGCCAAAGAGGUACAACCCUCUGUUGAUGAUGGGAUGGUGCCCGAGGCUUCUGCGGACGAUAGCGUUGAGAGGGAACACAAUCUCAUUCUGGAUGCUAUACAAAGUAACGCAAAGGCGAACGCAGAUUUGAAUUCGCUUUACUCAGAAUUUACCCCACUUCCAGCUCCUAGGACUGCGAAAGAAGCCCUUUUACAAAAUGAAAUGUUUACAGAUUCAUUCUUUAGUGCUACUGGUGGGCCGACACCUAGGAUUGUUAGCUAUCCGGACCUACCCACUCAAAAGGAAGCUAAAGGCGUUGAAAAUGAUUCUGAGUCUGUUUCUGGAUCGGAACCUCGAAUACAGGCCUACGCUAAGUUGGAGUUUGACGACGGGCACUUUUACGUUAAUACCUAUUCGUUCAUUUUGGGCCGAGAUGUCCGUGCCGCCCGCGCCGCCUUUCAGCGAGAAUAUCAAUUGAAACAGCAAAAAGUUCAGCACGGGAAUGGAGUGCGAACUCCAAAGCGAAUGAAGUCGGAGGGGAGCCACGCAAUAAUGGGUAGCGUGAUUAGCGAUACUGGUGGCAUCAUGGGAUUUGACCCAGACGUUCCCCAGCAUUGCCCACCCCAAAUGAGUUGGAAGUCCUCUAAUUCCUCUAAUGGUCAUCAUAACCACCCGGUGCUGCAUAUGUCCCAAACGGAGCCGGACAUGACAACCCCGGUGGAACCGCCUAAGGUAAUGAAGGAUUACAAUGCCCUCGCGAUGGAAUCAUUGCAGAAUGGAAAUGAGCCAAAAAGGGUAGACACGCUUUCGUUGUUACCAACGCCAGAUUCCUGCCCGAUCAUACCGAUACAUCCGCCAUCGUCAGCCAAUGGCGUUCCCUCAUCUCAUCGUGGUAUCUCGAGAAAACAUGUCAAGAUCUCUUACAACUUCAACAGGAAUAUAUUCGAGAUGGAAGUUAUGGGGAGAAAUGGUGCCUUUAUGGGAGCAGAUUGGCUUGCACCAGGUCAGGUACGGCCUCUUCACAGUGGAGACUUUAUUCAAAUUGGAGGAGUGAGAGUGAGGUUCCUGCUUCCUGACGUUCCGAUUGGAGAUACGGGGUCCGAGAUGGUGGAUUCUCCAAUACCUGAUGCAUAUGAUGAGGUGUCUCCUCAACCGGAAGAAGAUGAUUCUCAGGCCAGAAGCGAUGCGGAAGUCGCUGAUAAUUCCGGCGAAGAUGAGCAGGAGACCAAAGACGCUGAAACAGCCAAAGUGAAGAAGCUCAAGGUUACGCUAUCAGAGCCAAAGCUGUCCCAUGAAGAAAGUCAAACUUCUUCCCAGCCAACUCGCCGCCGCGGCCCUGGACGUCCACCGAAGGACGGCAUUAUGUCGAAACGUGAGCGGGCUGAAAUAGCGCGUGAGCAGAAACUUGCUGCUCGCCGUGAAGCAAAUGGUGGGAUUACGCCGCCUCCGUCUAGUAAAAUCAAGGUUUCUAAGUCCGGCAAGGAAGGGGAAGCCGAAGAUCCAGUAGCAGUUAAACCAGAAAAGAGAAAAUACACCAAACGAAAGAAGCCGGAUUCUGGUCCUGGAGACUCUGUGGUCCAGUCCAUAGAAGGAGCCGAUGGAAGCGUUGCGCCGGUACAAGAAGAGCUUGUUAAGCCAACCCCUGUGAAGAAGCGCAAACCAUCCAGGUCAGUCUCCCCGAAUUACCCCCCGGAAAGCUUUUAUUCACCGAAGGAGCUCGGGAAACCGCCAUACAACUAUGCCGUGUUGAUUUACGAUGGGUUAUCAGAAUCCCCAACUCCCAUGACUUUGAAGCAGAUUUACAGAGCUUUGAAACUGAAAUAUCCGUACUUUCGCUUUAAAUGCGAAACAGAGGGCUGGACUUCUAGUGUGCGCCAUAAUCUGAACGGCAACUCCCAUCUCUUCAUGCACGCGGAACGAGAUGGCAAGGGUUGGUCGUGGAAACUGAUUCCAGGAGCAUCGGUUGACAAAGAAAAGAAACGCCGUCCAUCACCGCCUCCUGCUCCUCCUCCUCAGGACAUUCCUAAUCUCAAUAAUCAGCAUUUCGUACCGGGGGGACUGCGUCGGGUAUAA